AUGGGUGUCGACAUUGGAGGGCUAGUCGCAAUCAUCCUGUUCUAUUUGGUAAUCCUAAUUAUUGGAAUAUGGGCAGCCUGGAAAAAUAAAAGUAAACCAAGCCAUGGUGAACUGCUUCGAAAUGAAGUUAUUAUGAUAGGACGAAGAGACAUAGGUUUAACACUUGGCAUUUUUACUAUGACUGCCACUUGGGUUGGUGGUGCUUACAUUAAUGGCACAGCAGAGGGAGUCUAUGCUGUUGGACUUGGAUUUAUCUGGACACAGGCUCCCAUAGGAUAUGCAGUAAGUCUUAUCUUCGGCGGCUUGUUUUUCGCUAAAACAAUGCGUUUAAGGAGGUAUGUGACCAUGUUGGACCCCUUUCAGGAAACCUAUGGUGGAAAGAUAGGUAGCCUGAUGUUCAUCCCUGCUGUCAUGGGAGAGCUGUUUUGGACAGCAGCUGUUCUAACAGCCCUUGGUUCAUCAUUGAGUGUGAUUUUUGAAAUCAACGUUCAUUUGGCCAUUGUUAUUUCGACGGUGGUGGCAGUUUGUUACACUCUGAUUGGCGGUUUAUACUCAGUUGCAUACACAGACAUGGCCCAACUGUUCUGUAUCUUUGUAGGACUGUACGUUAGCCUGCCUUUUGCUGUUUUAAAUCCUGCCGUUACAAAUAUUGCCAUCACCUCUACUGAGUAUGUUUACCGUGAACCAUGGCUUGGUAGCGUAAGCCCUGAAAGUGCUUGGAUUUGGAUUGACAAUUACUUUUUGAUGACUUUAGGUGGAAUUCCUUGGCAGGCAUAUUUUCAGAGGGUACUUUCUACUUCCACAGCUUCUCGAGCACAACUAAUCUCUUUCGUGGCUGCUUUCAGCACUUUAAUACUGGCUGUACCAUCUGUAAUCAUCGGUGCAAUAGGAGCAUCGACUGACUGGAAUCAGACUAGCUAUGGUCUUCCAGAUCCGAUGGACAGGAAUGAGACUCAGAUGAUUUUGCCUAUUAUACUACGGUACCUUUGUCCAAAUUACAUUGCAUUUUUUGGCCUUGGAGCUGUCUCUGCUGCAGUGAUGUCAUCAGCUGACUCUUCCAUCCUAUCAGCAAGUUCCAUGUUUACUCGGAAUAUUUAUCAUGGUGUAUUAAGGCGUGAAGCCACGGAUAACGAACUAGUGUGGAUAAUGCGAGCAGCCAUCAUUCUGUUUGGAUCACUAGCAGCAGCAAUGACAUGGUUGUCCACUUCAGUCUAUGGUUUAUGGUAUCUGAGCUCGGAUCUUAUCUUUGUUCUACUUUUUCCUCAACUGGUAUCUGUACUCUAUAUCAAGGGAACUAACGCAUAUGGUUGCAUCAUUAGUUACUUCUUUGGUCUUUUUCUGCGUGUUGGUGGUGGUGAACCUUACCUACGCAUACACCCAUUUAUCUGUUAUGCUGGAUGCCAUUUGGAUAUCACAUUUCCAACUGGACCAAUAUAUAUCCAAACAUUUCCAUUCAAAACUAUAUCAAUGUUCACAUCCUUAAUGACAAAUGUGCUCGUUUCAUAUCUGACCAAAUUUCUCUUCGAUAGGGGAAUGUUCCCACAAAAACUGGACAUUCUUAAAGGCUUUGUUUCACAGCCUAAAAAAGAAAAAACAAAUAAAAUAACAUCACAGACCAGUGGUAACACAGAUGCAGUUGAACAGAUAUCUUCAGACAAGGAAGACAUGGACCCUCUUAAUACUACUUCUCAAAACAAGGAACCAGUCGUGGAAUAA